CAAAGGGGAGUGACGCAGUUAUUGUAGAUGUAUAGAUACUCCAUGCUUUUCUCAUAUGACCUGAAAUUACAUUUUUUUCAAGCUUUCACGCAAAACCAAAAUCCACAUAAACACAGCAAAGCAGAGGGAUUCCCGCUGUCAUCUGCAAGCUGCAUGACCAUUCUCUGCGCCCCUUGAAUUUGGAUGCCAUUCCGGGAGGAGGUUGCGGUAAACCCCGAGGACUAGAUGCGAUAACCAUAAGGAGACAUGCCGCAGCCGAAAUCACGAAAAAUCGCCAUCCUCGGGUACAGAUCCGUAGGAAAGUCCUCUUUAACCAUCCAGUUUGUGGAAGGCCAGUUUGUUGAUUCCUAUGACCCAACAAUAGAAAACACAUUUACUAAGAUGAUCACAAUAAAUGGACAAGAGUACCAUCUCCAGCUUGUAGACACAGCAGGGCAGGAUGAAUACUCAAUCUUCCCACAGACUUACUCCAUAGAUAUCAAUGGCUACAUACUGGUUUAUUCAGUUACAUCAAAUAAAAGCUUUGAAGUUGUACAAGUUAUCCAUGAAAAACUGUUGGACAUGGUGGGAAAAGUUCAAGUUCCAAUUAUGCUCGUCGGAAACAAGAAUGACCUACAUAUGGAGCGAGUAAUCAGUUGUGAAGAGGGCAAAGCAUUAGCUGAAUCCUGGAACGCUGCCUUCAUGGAGUCCUCAGCUAAAGAGAACCAGACGGCCGUGGAGGUUUUCCGAAGGAUGAUCCUGGAGGCAGAAAAGAUGGACGGUGGCGUGCAGCCAGGAAAAACAUCCUGCUCCAUGAUGUAGGGCCGCCCAAUCAACACACAGGACACUGCACUGGGAUAUCCCGUUACUUGAAGGCUAGCUGCCAGUUCUCCUCCACCUCAACUGACUCCACCCCCAGGGUCCUAAAUAUCCAAUAUUGUCUAUUUAUGGCUCUGAUUCCACUGUUAUUUAUCAGUAUUCCCUUUUGUCAUCCUUGUUUUUCUUCAUGUGUUUGAUAAAAGAAAAGGACAAGUGGUGGCUCCUUGUCUUGCAUUUUCCACAACCCGCCCCUCCGUCUCUGGGCUCGGCACUGAUGCAAAACACAGAAUAUCACAGAUGUAUCAGGAAAAAUCCUAUAUCGGAAAUGAUGACAACUGUAACUAAGUUAGCAGUGGCUCAAUGAAUCUUUGCUUCCCGAUAUGCAGCUUCCAUUUAGCCCCUUCCCUGUUUAAAUAAAAUGAGAUAAGAGGAUUGUCAUAUCUAUCAGCCAUGCAUAUGCCUGGAAAAUGGUUAGAUAAACACAGUCAUUUUUUCUGAUACAUCACCUGCUGUUUGGUCCCAUCCAUAUGCAUCUCUUUUUCUACUUCAUCUACACACCGUACCCACUUCUCUGUCCCUUGGUUUGUUUUCAUAGCAGAUACUGUCAGCCAAAAGAAAAAAAGAAAAAAAAAUCUGCAUUCAUUUUCUAAUGUUGAAAAUGUUGUACAAAUGUUUUUGAUUGUAAUCAUUAAAGCGAAAAGUGGUUAUCUAAGCAGGCUGUGUUUUUGAAUUAUUGCAGAGGCUGUUAGCUAAUGAGUUUUGUCACUAGGAAGGCAGGGUGUUUCUCUUUGUUUGCACCCUUUUAAUGAUAAUUGAUAUGUUUGGGCUAAAAAGAGAGAAGUACUUAGCCGUUUUGAUUUGUUGAAUGCUUUGUGCUUCUUCGUAAAAGAUGGAAUAAAUUGAAAAGGGUGCAGGAUGCAAGCACAAGGAGAAUAAUGAUGUAAUGAUUUACUGCAAAGUAAUAAAAGUUUGUUCCACCUCAUUGCAGUAUAAUAACUAAAUGCUGAUUCCAUGCUUACUUUUCCUUUUUUUCCCCCCAGGGAGCAGUUACAACACUUUAGAGGCACAUCUAAGGUAUCCAGCACUGACUGAGAACAGGAGUUGCAGCCAUCUGCUGUUCAAACUUUUGUUUGUGAGAUGUACCCAAUCAAACGCAGGCUGACUUAAAGAGAUGGGGGAGGGAGCUAUAACAACUUAUUAUGGCUAGAACAUGAACUGGGAGGCUACAAUACUUUCUUACAAAAGAAGAAGAAUUUCUAUGAACUGGUAUUCAUGGAAGUUUCGUUUAAUUUAGUCCAGAAAUACAAAUAUAUAGCCGGAUAUGAGCAUAAUAAGUCCAAUUUAAUGAUAAUCAGUGAGCUAUUGUUCCUUUAAUAGUAGCACAAGAGUUUUUAAGUAAAUUGAGGUAUUUAAAGUAAAACCUUGAACUACUUGGAAGAGCUUUUAUUACAAGAAAUAACCCAGAUAAUAGUCUGUUGCAAGUAUAACAUGAUGAGAUUUUCUAA